AUGCGUGAGUAUUCUUCUCCACGUCUUCUGGUUAACUCUGUAACCAAUUUGUUUUCCUCCAUUUUUCACAGAGGUAAGCAUCCUCCUAUGGGAAGUCCUGCUUCUUGGAGCUCAAGAAUGAGAAAGAAAUGGGGAACAACAGCUCAGAGUCCUGUUCUUGUUUCCAACUCCUCUCCACUCCACUCUCGGAAAGAUCUAACGAAAGGGAUCAAACGUUUGCUGAAGUUUGGAAAGAAAACUCGUGCUGCGGAUAGUCUGAUGGAUUGGGUCUCUGUAACGACAUCCGAAGGCGACGAUGAUUCUGCUUAUCGAUCAUCUGAUGAGUUGAGGAAAUCAAGAAUGGCAUCGUCUCAGAGUCAGCUUUCUGAGGAUGAACAAGGUAUAACAUCUUUGUCUUCUUAUUCUUCAUUUUUGUUGUCUUAUAUGGUUUCAUGA